ACGGUGCUGGCCGCGCGCGAAGGUGAGGUCCGUGCGGAGCAGGUGGAAGUCAUGGAUAUAGAUGCUGAAAGAGAGAAAAUAACACAGGAGAUCAAGGAGCUGGAAAGGAUUUUGGACCCCAGCUCCUCAAGUAUCCACGUGGAAGUCUCCGAAUCAAGUCUUGAUUCAGAUUCUGAAACAGACUUGCUGCCUGGUGAGGGGUUGGACGCCGCUGAUCCCCCGAUCUUGGAAGAAGAAAGGUGGGGUGAAGCCAGCAACGAUGAGGAUGACCCCAAGGACAGAACCCUCCCUGAAGACCCAGAGACCUGCCUGCAGCUGAACAUGGUCUACCAGGAGGUCAUCCGUGAGAAGCUGGCAGAGGUCAGCCUGCUGCUGGCCCAGAACCGGGAGCAGCAGGAGGAGAUCACGCGGGAUCUGGCCGGGCCCAAAGGCCCCAAGGUGCGGGGCGGCAAGGGCCUGCCCCCAAACGCGUACAUAGGGCACUUCAUGAAGCCGUACUUCAAGGACAAGGUCACCGGAGUGGGGCCUCCUGCCAACGAGGAGACGCGGGAGAAGGCUGCCCAGGGCAUCAAGGCUUUCGAAGAGCUCCUCGUGACCAAGUGGAAGAACUGGGAAAAAGCCUUGCUCAGAAAGUCCGUGGUGAGCGACCGCCUGCAGCGUUUGCUGCAGCCCAAGUUACUGAAGCUUGAGUACUUGCAGCAGAAGCAGAGCAGAGUCUCCAGUGAGCCCGAGAGGCAGGCCCUGGACAAGCAGAUCAGGGAAGCUGAGAAGGAAGUCCGAGAUAUCAACCAGCUCCCAGAAGAGGCUUUGCUGGGAAACAGGCUGGACAACCAUGACUGGGAAAAGAUCUCCAACGUUAACUUUGAAGGAGGCCGUGGCGCGGAGGAGAUCCGAAAGUUCUGGCAAAACUCUGAGCACCCAAGCAUCAACAAGCAGGAGUGGAGUGGGGAGGAGGUGGAGCGGCUGAAGGUGAUUGCAGCCUCGCACGGCCACCUGGAGUGGCAGAAGGUGGCAGAGGAGCUGGGGACCCGCCGCAGCGCCUUCCAGUGCCUGCAGACGUUCCAGCGGCACAACGGCACCCUGCGACGCAGGGAGUGGACGGAGGAGGAGGACCGCAUGCUCACCCAGCUGGUGCAGGAGAUGCGCGUCGGGAGCCACAUCCCCUACCGCAGAAUUGUCUACUACAUGGAAGGGAGAGACUCCAUGCAGCUCAUCUAUCGCUGGACCAAGAGCUUGGAUCCCAACCUGAAAAGAGGGUACUGGGCCCCAGAGGAAGACGCUAAGCUGCUUCAAGCUGUUGCCAAAUAUGGGGAGCAGGAUUGGUUUAAAAUCCGGGAAGAGGUGCCAGGUAGGAGCGAUGCCCAGUGCCGAGAUCGAUAUCUUAGAAGAUUGCAUUUCAGCUUGAAAAAGGGACGUUGGAAUUUAAAAGAAGAAGAACAGUUAAUUGAAUUAAUAGAAAAAUACGGUGUUGGUCACUGGGCAAAAAUCGCUUCUGAACUACCCCAUCGGUCAGGCUCCCAGUGUCUGAGCAAGUGGAAAGUCAUGAUUGGGAAGAGGCAGGGUCUGCAGAGGAGGCGGCGGAAGCCCCGCCGCAGAGUCCGGUGGAGCUCCAGCUCGAGCAGCAGCGGGGGAGACACCAGCAGUGGCGGCGGCGGCAGCAGCAGCAGCAGCAGUAGCAGCAGCAGCAGCAGCGAGGAGUCAGAGGCGGAACUGGAGCAGGCGCAAGAGGGUGGCAAAGAGCUGCUGUCCCCGCAGUAUGUGGUGCCGGACAUGGAUCUUUGGGUUCCUGCCAGACAGAGCACCGGCCAGGGGUGGAAAGGAGGGGCAGAAGGCCGGCCAGGACGCCCCGCUGCCUCCCUCGGCCCUCCCACGGGGCCCAGUGCUGCCCAAGGCGGCAGAGAGGAAGCUUCCACCACCAUGUCGGCUACCCGCGAGGAGCUGAGCCCGGCGCAGGCCCCCUCCAGCAUCCACGGCACCGCCCCACGGGGUGUCCAGGACUCACGCUCCAGGGACGUGCCCCCAGCAAGCUCCGAGGAGCUGGCCCUCAAGGAUGGGAGCCGGCUGCUGAAGGUGCCCCUGGAGACCGUGCUGAGGGUGCUCAGGACCAACACGGCCACGCGCAGCCGCACGCUGAAGGAGAAGCUAAAGCAGCCGCCCCUGCCCAGCUCACCCCUGGGGGCCAGCUCUGGUGACAGCGUGGCCCAGUCUCACGUGCGGCGGCUGUGGCACGGAACCUUCCAGAAUGGGCGGAGGCGCUGGAGACAUGCCCUGCACCAGAGGCUCCUGGACCGCAGGCUCCUACUGGCUGUGACCCCUUGGGUGGGCGACGUCAUUCUGCCCUGCACGCUGGCUCCCCGGAGACCUGCUGCGGCGCAGACCCGAGCUGAUGGCCUCGGGAAGCAGCUGCAGCAUGCCCGCCUGGCCAGCACCCCGGUGUUCACCCUGUUCAUCCAGCUGUUCCAGAUCGAUACUGCUGGCUGCAUGGAGGUGGUUCGAGAGAGGAGGGUCCAGCCACCCGGGCUGCUGCAGGCUGGCACUCAGGACUCCCUUCCACGUCCUGUGCAGGCGCCUUCGAGAGCCCCAAGCACCCCAGGCUGCCUCUUACCCAACGGGACAACUCAGAAAGCUGCAAAGAAUGCCAGCCGCCGGGCAGAGUGUGCCCCACCCCCAGUGCCCCCACCAGCUCCGUGUGGCCCUCGGCCCAAACCCAAGACAGUGUCAGAACUGCUUCGGGAGAAGCGGCUUCGGGAGGCCCGUGCCAGGAAGGCCGCCCAGGGCCCCACGGUGCUCGCGCCCCAGCUGCUGCUCUCCUCUCCUGUGAUCCUCCAGCCCGCUCUGGCGCCGGCCCCCCACGGACCCCAAGCUUCAGGUCCUGCGGUCUCAAACACAGCGGCCUCCGGGCCCAGGGGCCCCGCAGCUGCCAGUCUGGGCACUUCUGCCUCCUGGCAGGAGGCUGGGACUUCAGCCAAGGACGAGGGGUCCUCCACCCUACAAACCCUGCCCCUUGCGGCUGCAUCUGGACCCCCCACCCUGGGCCCAGGCCAGGUCACCGGGAGCUGCCACCUGAAUAGUCUCGGACAGUCUCAGGUCCCUGCCACGUCCCGGAAGCAGGGCCUGCCAGAGGCGCUGCCCUUUCUCCCUGCGGCCCCCAGCCCUGCUCAGCCGCUCAUCCAGCCCCUCAGCCUGACACACAGGGGCGGGCCACACGUGGCAGCCAACGUCCCUCUGCCUGUCACCUGGGUGCUCACGGCCCAAGGGCUGCUUCCUGUGUCUGUGCCAGCUGUGGUGGGCUUUCCCAGGCCAGCAGGGACCCCUGACUCCACAGGGCUGCCAGUGACUCUGCUGCCUCCCCUGGCUGAGACUCGGGCAGCCCAGGGCCCUGGGCAGCCUCAGACCAGCAUGCACGUGGGACCAGACCCUUCCCCCAGGACAGGCCCCUCGACCGCUCCCGCACCUCCCCCGUCACAAAGCCCUGCAGAAGUCGAUGGUGACGUGGACUGUGUGGCCAGGACGUCUCCCCAGGCUGACCACCUUGACGCAGAGCCCCUGCAGCCCAGCCGACUGCCUGCCUGUGGUGGUGCUGGCCCGGGCAGUGAUCCAGGGGGGACACCGGGGCCCCUUUCAGGGACACGGGAGCCCAGGGGGCCUCAGCCUGGGCAUGAGAAAGGCUCCCUGGCCCUGGGCCUGCUCUCCCAGGAGAGUGAGGCGGCCACACAGGAGUGGCUGCAGGGGCAGGGUGGGGUGUGUGUGCCCCCCCUGGGGAGCCGGCUGCCCUACCAGCCCCCUGCCCUGUGCAGCCUGCGGGCACUGUCUGGCCUCCUGCUCCACAAGAAGGCCUUGGAGCACAAGGCCACCUCCCUGGUGGCCAGCAGGGAAGCCGGGGACCAGGCUGAGUCCUGGGCAGGAACCCUGCAGGCCGCUCUCGGGCUGGUGCGGGGGCAGCUCCGGGACAACCCCGCCUACCUCCUGCUGAAGGCGCGGUUCCUGGCAGCCUUCACCUUCCCUGCGCUCCUGGCCAGCCUGUCCCCCUGCGGCGUCCCCACCACCCUCUCAGUAGCCACAGGCACGGGCUCCGAGAGUGAGGACGAGGGCCUAGAAGAGCCAGAGCUCACAGACAGGCACGGGCCGCCAGGCGCCACAGCGGCCAGGAGCCCCGAUCAGGGAGCCCCCGGCCCUGGCGAGGGCUCUGCCCCUUCCUGUCUCGAUGCCUCUCCCGACCUUGACCCCGACCUGGACGUGCUCAGGACCCGGCGUGCUCGGCAUGCCCGGAAGCGCAGGCGGCUGCUAUGA